UUUGACAUUUCCUAUUACCACAAAGAUAAACAUUUUUAAUUUUUUGAAAAGUCUAAAGAUAGGUAUCUUGAAAUUUUAUAAAAACAAACUGGCCAAAUUAAUCAAUUACUUGCAUUGUAACUAUUAUACCUACUUGUUCAAUUGUUUGUAGUUUAGAAACAGAUUACACAAUCACUGCAAUGCAUUUGAUAGAGAAGAAAUCCGAAAUUGAGAUGAAGUUAAAGAAGGAGAUGACCAACAUCCAGGAACUGAAAGCAGCUGCUGGUAGGAGCUCACAACUGGCCAGUGACGUUUGCAAGGUACUUGGUGCGUGUGAGAAGAGAUUACAACAGUUGGAAGCUGCUGUGCUACCUUUAUAUGGGGAAACAGCACGUUUGCAGCAGAUACAUCAUAACAUGGGUAAAACAAUAGAAGAGCUGGAUGAAGUUAUUGGCUACUACCUGGUGACUAGCGAGCUAUGUGAUUUGAUUCAGGCUGGGCCUCACACAGAUUCCAUUGAAUCACUCAAUAUUUACUUGGAGGCUUUGGACAAAUUAGCAGAAGCACAAAACUAUUUCAAUAAAAACAAUCCACAGAGUGUUGAACUAGAAAAUAUUAACCAAUUGUACAACACAGGAGUGCAAAAACUAGAGAGUGCAUUUGAAGAGUUAUUGAGUCGCAACACAAGGCCUCUUUCACCUACUACCAUUAUGGAUAUGAUUGCUUUAGAGGAAGACUCAAGUGUGGACAGCGUAAGCGUAAGUGGUAGUGGUUCGACCCCCGGCACAGCGCUGGAAGUUAUGCGGGCGGCGGCCACGUGGCUCAGCGGCGCGGGGCGCCCACCUGUCGCGGCGCUACUAGCUGUGCGUGCGCCCGCCGCCAACACCUCACUCAACAACUUCAAGGACUACUUGCGUUCGCGAUCCAUGCUUACUGACCAUAGAGCCAAAAAUCUGCUAUAUCGUUCUGACAGCACACAAAGGAGAACCAGCAAGUUACAAAAAGUUAUCGAGAAACGCGCCAACAAGAUUAUGAUGAAGGCGUCGCAAACGUUAGAGCAAUCGACCGGCCUUGCCAUCGGUCCACGGCGCUCUAUUAUGAACGAUUCUUAUACGGAGGACCUGGCUGAGGUCAUGGACGAGGGUGAGGCAGCGGCGGCGGGUUCGGUUGCGGCGUGUGUAGCGCGACUGGCCCGGCACGAACAGCGUGCGCUGCUGGGCCUGGUACCGCUGCCACGUCUGCCCUCUCUGCUUGCCCAGGUGCUCAAGGACUGCUUCGCCACUCUCGCCAAUGACGUCGAGCGUGCCUGCCGCGCGUGCCGGCGCGCCGCUUCCCGCUGCAGCGGCUCGGCCGCCGGCUGCUGGGCGCUGCUGGCGCGCCUGCAGCGGCUGCAGCCCGACGUGGAGCGCGCCCUCGCGCCGGCCGCGCCCACGCUCUACACCAACAUCGUCAACAACUGCCAGCAGAACUGCAUUCGAUCGCUGGAGGAGUGGGUGGAGGGCGUGCGCGGGGACAGCGAGGCGGGCGCGGUGGACGGCACCGUGCACCAACUGGCCGCCGCUGCGCUCGCGCACUGCCACGCUCUAGCCGCGCACAUGCACACUAUUGGUCCAGCAUUGUCGGCGGAGCCGUACGCGCGCUCCGCCAACCAACUACUCGGUGUACAAGACAAAGAUGCUGCUAUACUAGCUAUUUAUAUGCGCAAAGUGUUAGCCCAACUUAACUUAGCUCUAAGGAAUAAAAGUGAACAGUACACAGAUGCAUUGAAAGCAAUAUUCUUGUUGAACAACACUCUUUAUUUACUACAAGGUCUGCAGCGAAGUGGUUUAUUGGACAUAUUGAUGUUGGCUGAGCCUGAGUGUGAGGCCAACUAUCGCGACAUGAUUCAGGAGCAUAAGAACUCUUACUUGCAGAGCUGGAACAAACUACUGGCUCAUAUAGUGAUAGAGGAACCCCUCCCCGCUAAGCUAAGGGACAAAGACCGACAGCUUAUUAAAGACAAGUUUGCCUCGUUCAACCGCGAGUGGGAAGAAAUAACCCGCGCUCAACGCUCCUACAGCGUACCCGAUCCCGAGCUGCGCGAGGCCUUGAAACGCGACAAUAAGCAGGCGCUGCUGCCGCCUUACACGCAGUUCCACGACGCCUAUGCAUCGCUGCCCUUUAGCAAGAACCCGGACAAGUAUGUCAAGUACACACCUGUGCAAAUUGCUACUCAAUUGGACGGUUAUUUCGACGAGGCCGCUUAGAAGUUAAUUAUUAUUUAUUAUUUAGGCAAUGUACACCUUCCAUCAAGCAGCUCGACUGUUUGUUUGCCUUCUACUUUCAUAGAAAAAAAACUACUUUACAGUAACAGUUGUCACUAGCGACAGCGUAAAGUAUUUGUAUACAAAAUAAAUUUUAUGUCUUGCGACCGCUAGUGUCGCUGUACAUAUUGCGCUAGCAACAUCUUUUACUAUUGCAAUAAUGUUAUUAAUGGUUAAAUGUGCGAAAAAGGGUUAUGUAAACAAAAGAAAUGUUUCUUGUGACCACUUGGUGCGCUCUACAUUUGCUAUACUGAAGUAAAUUACGCGGCCCCUAGCGACAACUGCUAUUGCCAAGUUAUGGUAGAGGCACUGGAAACAAGUUAAAGAGAGUAGACAUAGAAAAAAAUAAAAGAUGUAUUUAAUCCUGGAUUAUAACAUUAUUUAAUCACAUUGAAUAAGUUACAUUUAACAAAAAAAAAGGUUUCGGUUCUGUUACAUGUUUUAUGGUUUGUUACAUUUUGAUCAACGGACAUUUAUUCAUAUUCAUUUGAUUUUUUUUUAAAUUAGACUUUCAGACUAAUAGAGAGAAAAAUGUAGGUUUUGGAUU